UCUUAUCUUUCAGACUUGGCAUCCAGAGAUGAGCCCCAGAAGUUAUCUCCAAAAAGGGAUAUUUAUGAAACAGAAUUAUCCCAGUGGGUUAACAUGGAAGAAUUUAAAAGCCAUAGUCCUGAGAGAUCAAUUUUCAGAGAUAUCUGGGAAGGCAACUGUCAUUUUGAGCAACAUCAGGGACAAGAGGAGGGUUAUUUUAGACAACUUAUGAUUAACCAUGAAAACAUGCCCAUUUUUAGCCAACAUACUUUACUCACUCAAGAAUUUUAUGAUAGAGAGAAAAUCUCUGAAUGUAAAAAGUGUAGAAAAAUCUUCAGUUACCAUUUAUUUUUUAGUCACCACAAAAGAACUCAUUCUAAAGAACUUUCUGAAUGUCAAGAAUGCACAGAAAUUGUUAAUACACCAUGCCUUUUUAAACAACAGACAAUUGAAAAUGGUGACAAAUGCAAUGAGUGUAAAGAAUGUUGGAAGGCCUUUGUUCAUUGCUCACAACUUAAACAUCUAAGAAUUCAUAAUGGUGAAAAACGCUAUGAAUGUAACGAAUGUGGGAAAGCCUUUAAUUAUGGCUCAGAACUUACUCUACAUCAAAGAAUUCACACUGGUGAGAAACCUUAUGAAUGUAAAGAAUGUGGGAAGGCCUUUAGACAGCGAUCACAGCUUACUCAACAUCAGAGACUUCAUACUGGUGAAAAACCCUAUGAAUGUAAGCAAUGUGGGAAGGCUUUUAUUCGUGGCUUUCAACUUACUGAACAUCUGCGACUCCAUACUGGUGAGAAACCUUAUGAAUGCAAAGAAUGUGGAAAGACUCUUAGGCAUCGCUCACAUCUCACUAUACAUCAGAGAAUUCAUACUGGUGAGAAACCCUAUGAAUGUCGGGAAUGUGGGAAGGCCUUUAGCUAUCACUCAAGCUUCUCGCACCAUCAGAAAAUUCAUUCUGGAAAGAAACCUUAUGAAUGUCAUGAAUGUGGGAAGGCUUUUUGUGAUGGCUUACAACUAACCCUACAUCAGAGGAUUCAUACUGGUGAGAAACCCUAUGAGUGUAAGGAAUGUGGGAAGACUUUUAGACAGUGUUCACACCUCAAAAGACAUCAGAGAAUUCAUACUGGUGAGAAACAUGAAUGCGUGAUAUGUGGUAAGGCCUUUAGACUUCAUUCACACCUUAUUCAACAUCAAAGAAUUCAUACUGGUGAGAAACCCUAUGAAUGUAAGGAAUGUGGGAAGGCCUUUAGCUAUCAUUCAAGCUUCUCACACCAUCAGAGAAUUCAUUCUGGAAAGAAACCUUAUCAAUGCGGGAAGGCGUUUAAUCAUAGAUUGCAACUUAACUUACAUCAGACUCUUCAUACUGGUGAGAAGCCAGUCAGGUUUCCUCUCCUCCCUCCCCAUCCUAGUCUAGCAUCAUGAAAUUUAUUGAUGGAAAUAUACAUUGUCUUUGUUUUAUUUAAGAAAAAAGUUGGUAAGCCACCAAUUUCAUUAGUAUUGAUUUAUUUAAGUAAUCCUUGAAAAUCAAAUGUUUUUAAGUGAGAAAAUGGAAAACUAAAGUGUAAAUUUUGGUCUCAUUUUAAUGCUGUUUCUGAGUUAUUGUAUUAACCAUUAUUGAGAAUAAAUUUUUUUAUUGAGGAUAAA